GAUUUUACGCACGAAAACAACUUCGUUUCGAAAUACCACGUAUUCAACGAAGACUUCUCGCUCGUCGGAGCGACCGAUUACAUAAUUUAGAAAGCGAUCUGCUAGAAAUUUUAAUAUCACAUCCUUGGAGUUAAAUCUGUUGUAAUUUUCCUUGAAUCUAAUGUUCGUCAUUAAGACUAAAGCAACGAGCCUGCGUGACGAGUAUUAUCUUUGAUCAGUUAGAUCAAUCGAGUUAAUUUUAUUCAAAACGCUUUUCCUUAGGGUGUUUCAUAUACAUAUUUUUCCAUUUCUCUCCACGACUGAUUUAUUAAAUGAAAUUAGAGAUCCAUGAAAUUGUCAUCGAAUUGAAGUUUCCUCUAUUAUACGAAAUAUGCAUUUUUCAUGGACUUCUAUCAAUAAUUCAGGAUAAACUUUGACGGAUUGCCCUUCAGCUUCGUCAUUCAGAAAUCUAACCUGGUAAUUAAUAAAAGUUUCCAAGAAGGAGAGAGCAAUAUAAGGAUAAAGGCCAUACGUGUCAAGGAUAUCUUCUCUAACUAAUGCAACGCGGCUCGUAUGAGCUGCACAUAACGCACGAAUUUUCAAACACACGUCGCGGCCAUGCCUGGCCUGGAGAAUGUAACAAAUCUCGGUCUCCGAGUACAAAAAUUCAAAAAGAGCUUCCUCAAGAAUUAUUUAGAGACCUGUCCGACUUUAUUCCACAUCUGUUACGAUCCCAUUGGCACUCAUAAGAGAUCGCGUGCGUUUAUCGGUUUCCUUCUCGGCUUCUUCAUGGGCGUUCUUUUAUACGAAUGCAUUAUUGUUGAUCUGCAAUUCGAUCCGUACACCAGCGUCUCUUUGGGUGGCAUCGUGACUAUCAUGUUGUCCAUUGGAUGUGCAUCGUCGAUUCAGAUAAGAUGCGUUUGUAUCCUGACGGUUCCGGCGUUUUUUGGCCGAGCAGGUCGAAGUAUGUUGAGAGCGCUAAUUUUUGCAUACAUAAUAGCGGGGCCACUAUUUAAUUUGGUGUACAACGCAAAGGAAGUAGUGAGAACGUUCGGUUGCACCUCGCAACUGACAUACAAUCUUACCAAGACACGAUUUGAUUUGAUGUUCAAGCCGUUUCAACAGGCAAUUGUGGCAAUGAAAGCCGAUGCAAACGAGAUAAAGGACACCCUCGCCUCGGUGAGGGAUUUAAUGAGCCCCAUCGUCGAGGAGAUCGAAGGGGAAGAGGAAAUGAUGCGACUCAGAGAGGAAAAUGAUUACAUGGAUGAAUUGCAAGGCGACACGAAAAGGAGCAAAGAGAUCGAAGAGAAGCAUGAGAAAAAAAUUGAAGAAGCGAAAUCUGAAGCAGAAGCGUACGAAGCUAAAUACAAGGAGAAGAUCGAGGCUCGGUGCGAGGAACAGCUAACUCGAGGCGCAGCAAGAUGUAGGGAUAUGUUCGGUGAAGCUUACAACAAGUGCUAUGAAAAAGUGACCAUAUUUGUUGGUUGGCUUCUAUGUUGGCCAAUGAAGCUGACUUUCGUCUGCAAUUUGGUACAAGCGAUGGGUGGUGCCAGCAUUUGUGAUCCUGAAGGAAAAGUCGAUAGUGGUAUCGGUGAGGGAUACGUCGCCUUGAAAGGUGCUCGGGACGAGUUCAGCAGGAGCCUGAAGGAUGCGAAACUCCAGUACAAAGUGAAAAAGCCUGCGGUGAUCCUGGAUCUCCAGGAUUCGGCCAAUGCUGCCAAGGCAGUGAUACACGAGUUUGUAGUCAGGAAGAGACUGUUCGAGUCCGUGAUGACUUUCGUGAAGAGGUGCCUGUCGUUCGUAUUCCUGAAGAUCAUCCUCAGCGCCCAGAGUUACCACGACAAGUACCUGACGGAUAUCGAGCACGAUAAUAUCUACGUGACGCCUUACUUCCGGCGGAUAGACGCGAGAAGAAAGGUUCGCGGGAGCAUGACGCUGCUGCCGUUGAAGAAGAUCGAGAGGAGGCAGUUCGUCGAUCCUUACAGCGUGAAACCGAGCAAAGCCGAAGGUUUUCACGUGACGGGGCAGGUGGUCAAACUGCUUCUGGAAUUAAUCACAGCAAGCAUUUUCGUUAUCCUAGACUGGCUGUUCUACGAGGCGCUAGACUUGAUCAGAAGACACGCUUACAUGGAGUACACUCAGGAAGGCCACCAUGACUUAUCAUUAGAGAUUCGCGGCACAGGCGUGAUCGCGUCGCUCAUAAGAAGCGCUGUGCGCGGUUUCAACGUGAAGAAACGGAUCAAGACGGUCGUAUCAAACAAGGCUUGCCUUCCCCGACCCACGAAACUGCCCGGUUACAUGAUCUUCAAGAUCUACGGGACCUUCGUCGCCGUUUUUCUGCUGAUAUUCGUGUCCAUUUACACGCAACGUAUGCGUCGAGGCAUUUGUUCGUUCUUCUACCGGCGAAGGGAAAAGAGACGGGUACUCUACCUCUACAACGAGAGUCUACGGCGGAGAAUCACUUAUGCGAAAUUUAUGAAGGCCAAAGUGAUGAACAUGGUACGAACUCGUCGUCUGGAAUACGAGAUUGAUUUUUGGCUGGCCGUGAGACUGAAGUGGCCCGAUCGUUUCGGAUGGCUGAAGUACUUCGCCUGUGCCCGCGAGAGGUGUCUGAUUUGUGGCGAUCCGGAGCCCAGGAAAGGGCCGAAGUAUCGGGCGUGCACCACUCCCGGUUGCACUUUCCUGCAUUGCGCCGAAUGCUGGAGGGAUGUGGGAAAGAUCUGCUAUGCUUGUGCCGAUUUGCCGGACACUGACACCGAAGGAUACGAUACACAGCGUAGCGAUUUUUAAACAGUGCUCCAGUCUUAAUAAUGCUGAAUAAUCAUUUUAAUUUAUUUAAUGUUAAUUAUGUAUUCAUAACACAUUGCGACGUUUAUGUUAUUGGUUGAUUUAGGAUUCGAGUAAGAAUAGAAAUAAAGAAUUCAUUCUCAUGGUUGUAUGUAUGAUAACCUUGGGAAUUUAAUAUUAAGCUUUGAUGAAAAUAGAUUUCCAUAAGGAACUAUGACACUUAACGUGGCAUUGUCAGGGAAGCAACGAUAUCAUCGGGGAUGAUAUAAGACCGUCUGUACAUAUAAAUCUCACGUAGCGAACUCGACAAGAAGUCUCCGGUUUCAUAAGGAAGAAACGAGAACUUAAAACGCGCAAUUACCAUGUUGGAUUUACAAGGACCGAGACACGCCUGAACAGAAUACAAAAUGAAUCAGUUUUCUACUUUUAGAAAAUCUCAUCAUACCACAGACAAUUCGAAAUCAAAGCUUAUUUUGAUCUCAAGUCAUGUUAAUGAAGAACCUCCUUGAAUCAUGUCUCUUUAACUCGAGUCAGCAUGCAUGAAGUAAUCACUCGGUUGAUCAAACAAAAUCAAGAAAAUUACCCUUACAUGCGCAUUUUUUCCCGAACGAAUUACGCCGCG